AUGAUUGUCUGGAAGAAUGAAUCUGUGGCAAAUUGGCUGCUACAACUGGUUCUGCUCGAGACCGCCUGGAAAAUGGGGAGCGGCCAGCUCCAUUAUUCUGUGCUGGAGGAAUCCCAGCAUGGCACCUUUGUGGGCCGCAUUGGCCAGGAUCUGGGGUUGGAGGUGACCGAGCUGGUGCCUCGGAUGUUCCGGAUGCUGUCCAAAGGAGAGAAGGACUAUUUUGAGGUAAACCUGCAGAAUGGGAUCUUGUUUGUAAAUUCCCGGAUAGACAGGGAGGAGCUGUGUGCCAAGACUGCAGACUGUGUCCUUCAUCUGGAGGUGAUUGUGGAGAAACCUCUGAGAUUGUUUUAUGUGGAGGUUGAAAUCAAAGACAUUAAUGACAAUGCUCCCGUCUUCUCAGCAAGGGAACAGAUCCUGAGCAUAGCAGAAUUGAUAACAGCAUCUGGUGCCCAGUUCCCCUUAGAAGGCGCCUCUGAUGCAGAUAUUGGUACUAAUGCUCUGCUAACCUACAAGCUCAGCCUCAAUGAAUAUUUCAUUGUAGAACAGAAAACAGAUGAGAAAUUCAACAAACCUUUAGCAAUUGUUUUAAAGAAGCCACUGGACAGGGAGGAGAGCCCUGUGUAUCAUUUAGUACUGACAGCAACUGAUGGGGGUGAACCAAAACUCACAGGAACUGUUCAGCUGGUCAUCAAUGUGCUGGAUGUUAAUGACAACCCUCCUGUAUUUAACCAAUCUGUUUAUAGGGUAAAGUUGCUAGAAAAUACAGCAUUUGGAACACUAGUUAUUAAAGUGAAUGCCACAGAUUUAGAUGAGGGAAUGAAUAAGGAAAUUUAUUAUUCUUUUACUAAUCAUGUACCACUAAAUUUUCAGAAAAUUUUUAGCAUAAAUUCUAAUACAGGGGAAGUAAUUGUAGAAGGAGGGGUUGAUUUUGAAGACCUUGCUAUAUAUGAUCUUCAGAUUGAGGCAGAAGAUAAAGGGUUCCCCCCUUUGUCAGGGCAUUGUCAACUGAUAAUUGAAGUGCUGGAUAUAAAUGACAAUGAACCGGAGUUGUUCGUCUCAUCACUCUUAGUGCCAGUGCUAGAGGACUCACCAUUGGGGACAGUAGUAGCCCUAAUCAGUGUUGCAGACAGGGACUCAGGAGACAAUGGACAAAUACAUUGCUCACUCUGGCCUCCUAGAGUACCCUUCCAACUUGUAUCCAAUUUCAAGAACUAUUAUUCUUUAGUAGUGGCUGAGUCCCUUGAUCGGGAACAAGUUGCUGAGUAUCAGUUGAUGGUGAAAACAGAAGAUCAAGGAAUCCCAUCAUUAUCAGCCAGCAGUAUCUUGAUAUUACCAAUCAGUGACAUAAAUGAUAAUGUUCCAGCCUUCACACAGCCCUUCUACACAGUCUUUGUGAAGGAGAACAAUCCCCCUGGUGCUCACAUCUUCACAGUAUCUGCCUCGGACCCAGACGUAGCUGAGAAUGCCCUGAUCACCUAUUGGAUAGAUGAGAAGCUGUGGCCAUUGUCAAGCUACAUCUCUGUACAUUCGGAGAGUGGAAAGCUCUAUGCUCUGCAGUCCUUGGACUAUGAGGAGUUGAAACUGUUGGAGUUCCAGGUGAGAGCCAAGGAUGCUGGAAUGCCCUCCUUGUGUGGCAAUGCGACUGUUCAGGUCUUUGUGCUGGAUGAGAACGACAACGCACCUGCCAUGACAGGAUCAUUAGAGGAGAACCUGAUUCUUCUAGUGGUCCCUGUGAUGCCUGGGCAUAUUGUAGGCAAGAUCCAUGCCUUGGAUGCGGAUUCUGGCUACAAUGCGUGGCUCAAGUACGAACUGCUUGAAGAAAGCAGCGGUCCAUGGUCGGUGGGGCAGUAUAGCGGUGAGGUGAGUACCAAAUAUCCUCUGGAUGAAUCAGAAGGAGGCAAAAUCCAGAGGGUUCUGGUUCAGGUGAAGGACCAUGGAAAACCUCAGCUCUCAGCCACAGCCACCCUGAGUGUGUCACUGGUGACAAGUAGUCAGACAAUCAAAACGGAUAUUAAUCUUCGAAGGUCAGGGAAGAGCUUUGUGCCCCUGGUGGACCCCAUCAACAUCUAUCUGAUCAUUGCCAUCUGCUCUGUUUCCAGCCUCUUCUUGCUGGCCACUCUCAUCUACGUGGCCCUGCGAUGCCACUGCAAGGCAAAGGAAUCCAUGGUUUAUGGCCCUGGCAUGGCCACCCUGGUCUGUGCCAGUGAAGUGGGCAGCUGGUCCUAUUCCAAUCGCCACAGCCACAUCCUGGCAGGGGUGAGCGCAGAGGCUGGUGCCAAGAGUGACCUCAUGAUUUUCAGUCCCAACAUUCCUGUUUUUGCAAAUAAUGGGGAACUUAGGAAUGGGACAGAAUUACCCUCAGAUUCAGCUAAAGAGGUGAGUUUCUGGUUUGGAGUUUUUGAUAUUUGUUCAAAAUCACAUUUCUGUGGUAUCACAUUAGGAUCAGUCUUGAUUGUCUGUCUCUCUGUUUGUCUAUCAGAAUGA